AUGGGAGGAGGAGCAUGGCGGGUGCACGGGCGAGGCGGCCAACCCGCGUCCGAGCGGGGGGCGCAGGGGGGCGCGCUGGUGCAGCGGCGCCCCCUCCCUGGCCGCUCGGCGGUGUGCCCGCGCAGUUGUUUCGGAGCCCCCGGGCUCCAAUUUUCUCGGCGGCGCAGCAAGAAGGGCAAGGCAAUCCUCACCAAUCAUCCGCCUCCCUGCUCCUCUCUUCUUCCUUGUUCAUCGUAUAUG